GAUGCAGGUGGAGGCAGAGAUGAUGGAGAGACAUGUCAAAAGCAUAAUACAAUGAGACCCACCGCCACGUGUCAGUGACCGACUUAAUCAACUAAACUCCAGGGCUAAUAAAAGCCACAGAGCACUCACAUGAGAACAGUUCUGAGGACAUCAGAGAGACUUUGCGAAAGUUGCAAUAGUGAUGGAGUACAGCUACCUGCCGUCUGCUGCGUACGAGUCUGGGAUGGACACUGGCCGAGCUUCGAGCCGCUCCACGGAGUUCAGCUCCUGCAGUCAGCCCUUCAGUUUUCAAUAUAACAGGUGCAAUCUGGGAAACACAACCAGUUGCCAUUUCCUUGCGCCUGGCUCUCACCAACCCUCACACUACAUAACAGUUCAUCAUAAUCUUCUGCCUUACGAACGAGGCGUCCAGGAGAGACGCAAACAAAGGCGCGUCCGCACCAUCUUCACGAGCGCGCAGCUGAAAGCGCUCGAGCGCGUGUUCUCACAGACUCAUUAUCCAGACAUCUACACCCGAGAGGAGCUCGCGCAGGAGAUCCAUCUUACUGAAGCUCGAGUUCAGGUCUGGUUCCAGAACAGACGCGCUAAAUUUCGCAAACAGGAGCGUGCAGCUACAUGGACCGAGUCAUCUUCCAAAAUGAACAGUUCAUCUUCCAAUGACAGCUCCAAAAUGAUGACAGUCCCUGACCCAGACAGCACACAACCCACUCUUACCCUAAACCCAGACCACAAACAGGACACCAGCAGUCUCCGAGAGGAUCAGGCUCCAGACCAGCUGCCCUUGUUAGGGGUCUCUUCUCUUGAAACACAGAGGUCAAGAGGUCACCAAACUCACUGUGCAACGACUGCCUGCAUGUGUUGAGCGGUGAAAGACAUGAUGUGCCAGUUCAAACAUCAGAACCCACUGUCUAGAUCUCUAUAGCGCUAUUUGAUUACCUCAUUUAUGUUAUUUAUCUGUAAGGAUCUCAUGCAAAUAGGAAAUUAAUAAUGCAUUGGUCUAUUUAUUGACAAUUUAAACCUAUAAUGCUUAGGCAAUUUUUGUUCACAUUUUGCAAGCAUGGGAGAGAUACUUCACAUCUUUUUAAUGAUUUUAUUAAAAUGCAAAUAGAGAAAGUGGAUAGAAAAUGUGUCAUAUAAUCAGUCAACAUAUGUAAUCUUUUAUUGCUUUUUGUUCUGGAUGAGAUGUUUGCUCCAGUUAUUUAUAAUAACAAAUAUUUAGAUUUACAACUAACAUGAA